GCGCACGCGCGGGAUGCCAUAUUGGACUGAGGAGCUGCGCGAGCGGCCCGGAGGGAGCGGGAGACCCGGGCAGGCCCCAAACGUACUGUAAGCAGACGCAGCUGGAAACAGUUGUCGAGACCACAGAUUACCAAGACAACAGCCUUCACAAGAUAUAGAUGAUGACUUCUGCAGGUGGGAAGAUUCAGAGCCCAGCCAAUGGCACGGGACACUCAGAUAUGGAGUAUGGAGAAGCAGAAAUGGACUUUAACUGGGAUGAGUAUUUGGAGGAAUUAGGGGCCACUGCAGCCCCCCACACUUCAUUUAAACAUGUGGAGCUCAGUCUUCAGAGCAGCUUUCAGCCAGGAAUGAAGCUGGAAGUGGCUAAUAAAACCUGUCCAGACACAUACUGGGUGGCGACCAUCAUAACCACGUGUGGUCAGUUGCUAUUGUUGCGCUUCUGUGGUUAUGGUGAUGACCGCAAAGCUGACUUUUGGUGUGACGUCAUGACUGCAGAACUUCACCCUGUGGGUUGGUGCACCCAGAACAACAAACGACUGCAGCCACCCGAAGAUAACGUUUACCUCAGAGCAGCCAUUAAAGAGAAGCACAGUGACUGGACUGAGUUUCUCAUCAAAGAACUAACAGGAUCACGAACAGCACCAACUAACCUGCUCGAAGGACCCUUGAGGGGUAAGAACACGGUAGAUCUAAUUGUGUCAGGGUGUGUGUUGGAAAUUCGUGAUGCCUGUGAGCCAUGUGUGUACUGGGCAGCCAGAGUCCAGCGAAAUGUUGGUGGGCGGUUAUGCCUCAGCUACAUUGGCCUGGAUGACCCUGCCCACUUCAUCUGGAUCUUCUAUCUGGACACCAGGCUCCGUCCCCUGGGCUGGGCCAAAGAAAAUCAAUUCCCAAUGGAGCCGCCCACAGAGCUGCGUGAUAUGAAAAGCUCUGAGGAGUGGACAGAGGCUUUAGAGAAAGCAACUGCUGAAGCCUUGAAAAAACCCUUGCCCCUGGAAGUCUUUAAGGAUCAUGCUGAUUUGCGUAAGCACUCCUUCAGAACUGGGAUGAAGCUGGAAAUGGUGACACCUAGAGAACCCUUCCACAUCUGUCCUGCAUCUGUGACUAAAGUAUACAAUGAGUACUACUUCCAGGUCACAGUGGAUGACAUGACGGCUGAGGCCACACCGCGCUCUGUAGUGUGUCAUGCUGAUUCACCAGCCAUUCUGCCAGUCCAGUGGUGCCUAAAGAAUGGAGUUGGACUGGAGAAACCUAGAGGUUUUCAGUCUCAGGAUUUUGACUGGGCUGAUUAUUUGAAGUAUUCUGGUACAGAAGCUGCUCCAGAGGCCUGUUUCCUCAAUGCAUCUGUCAGUAGGGGUUUCUGUAAGGACACAUGGCUGGAAGCGGUGAAUCCUCUUCAGCCGGCAGAAUUCUGCGUUGCACGAAUCACUCAGGUCAAAGGUCAGCUCCUCUGGCUCAGAUUUGAAGGACUAUCUAAGCCUCUAGCAGAUUGCAUAGUUGAUGUGGAGAGUAUGGACAUUUUCCCAGUGGGGUGGUGCGAAGCUAACAGCUAUCCGCUAACAGCCAUACGGAAGGCCGUCUGUCAGUCUCAGAAGAAGAUUGCUGUGGUGCAACCAGAGAAACAGUCAAUCCCUUCACCUAUGGAAAACAUCCCUCUCGACCUUUGCCAGUCUGUCACAAUGGACACAGGUUCUGUGAACGGAAAGUACUGCUGUUCUCAGAUCUUUAUAAAUCACCGCUGUUUUUCUGGCCCGUAUCUCAAUAAGGGCAGAAUUGCUGAACUGCCUCAGACUGUAGGGCCUGGCAAGUGCACACUUGUCCUCAAAGAGGUUCUGACGAUGUUAAUAAACUCGGCAUACAAGCCUGCUCGUGUUCUCAGAGAGCUGCAGCUCGUGGAAGACCCGAAGUGGAACUGUCUGGAGGAGACGCUGAAAGCCAAGUAUAAAGGGAAGAGCUAUCGUUCGAGUGUCCGGAUCGUGCGCUUGGCAGAGCAAGUCUCAGAUUUCUGCCGGACUGUGUGUGUGAGGCUGCAGUGUUGUCCAAAUUUGUUCGGCCCAACGCUUGUCUCAGACAACUGCCCCGAGAACUGCUCCAUAUACACCAAGACCAAAUACACAUAUUACUAUGGAAAGAGACGGAAAGUGGGGCGCCCCAGCCUGGCAGAGAGCACGCAGGAUGGAGACACGGCCAAAUCUUCACGCCGCAGAAAGAAGCGCAAAACCAUCUUUGUUCAGAAAAAACGGCGCUCUUCUGUUGUAGGAUACAACAACACAGAGUCACCUCAGGACAGUGAUUAUUUCUAUGAGGAUGAUGAUGAUGAUUCGGUCAGUGAGGAAGGCUCCAGCUCAGAGCCACAUGAGGAGGCCCCUCCCCGCUCCUACAUGGACGUGUCGAGGAGAGGCCGGCCACGCCGGUCCAUCACCCAGCGUAGGGUUACACACCCCGGGACCACUGACCAAUCACCUCUGCGGAGAACCACGCGCUCACACUCCUAUACACACAACCAGCCUUCAGGACACGCAUGCACAAAGCCGGACCAUACAGAAGAGGAAGAAGCUCGCCUGGUUCUAGAGAGGAAUCCUCUGGAGUGGAGUGUUUCUGACGUGGUCGAUUUCAUCAUGUCUACCGACUGUGCCUCACUCGCCAAGAUAUUCCAGGAGCAGGACAUUGAUGGUCAAGCUCUGUUGCUGUUGACCCUUCCGACCGUCCAGGAGUGUAUGGAUCUAAAGCUGGGUCCAGCCAUCAAACUCUGCCACCAGAUCGAACGCGUCAAAGUGGCCUUUUACUCCCAGUACGCCAAUUAAGCGAACACUGCUAACCAGGCUAACUGGGCUAGCUCUGUCAGAGGCCUUUCUCUCGGUGGAUGAAAAGAAAAGUGACUAUAUACUCCUCAGGGGCUUGAUAUGGAGCUUCAGUCCUUUAGGAAAACAACACAUGCCUAUUGGCGUUUUGGAGGAAAACUGGAAAGACCUCUAUUUCAGAACAAGACAGGAGGACAUCAUUUGAUAUAGACAAUGGAGGGAUUUUACCUAUGGAUACCAAACCUGAGGGGAGGACUGCAUUUUUUGUCCUGUUGAGUAUCGACAUAUGGAGUCAGAGAAGAAUCUUCAACUCUCGCAAUAUCUUCCUUAUGUUUGAGGUUCCUGAAGCAGGCCUUUGGAAGAAAAUAUAUAAGACAUUGGAAGGAAAAAUAUUUCUCUGUUUUAUCUGUAAUUAUUGAAGCCUUCUGAAAAAAAAAAACUAAAACUCUAGUACUGUGUUCAGCUGUAAAGAUGCCUGUAUGUGACUUUUCUGUUAUUUAGAGACCAAAUUAUUAUAUUUAUAAAAGAUAAUUAGAUUUGGAGAAUCAGUGUAUAAAGUGAAUAAUAUAUUUGAAAUAUUUAUUUUGGCCUGGCAAACAUUUCUUUCAGAAUCUAGGUGCUCACAUGCUAUUUCGUUUGUCUAUAAAUUGGCAGGUUUUUUUUUCACACAGCAAUCUUUAUUUCCAACACCUUGUAAACCUGGACACUGUAUGUAAAUGUUCCUUUAAUCUAUGCAAAAUCUGGAGAUUCAUGACGAUUCAUUUUCUACUUCUUUGCUGUAUAACCAACACUUCCCUUGACUUGAGAUUAUUGUAAAUAGGCUGUAUAUAGAAUUUAUUAACUGAUAGUAAAAUCUAGUUUUAAUACAACCCACAAAUGAGUGGAACAGUGUUGUAGUUCACACAUCACCCAAAAAACCGAAGGAGGUUCAACUCAGAAUAUCAGGAAAGUUCUCAAACAGUCCCAUAAACGAGUGGGAUGGACUUGUACUUCACCCAUUGCCCAUAAAGAAAUGAAGGGAUUUCCAGAAUGUCAGUAAAGUUUUCAUGGAGUCUUACUGCUUUUAAAAGUCAACAUAAAAAAAAUCAAAACCUUUUUUUACCUUGUUGGAAAAUGUGCCUGGUCAUAUUAAGCACAAUUCAUCAUCUUAUAUCAUUUAAAAGACAUGACUUAUGACUUUAUCCGCCUCUGAAACGUGCGUUUUGAUCACAUCACCAUUCACCGGUGGUUGGGGAAAAAUAAUAUUAACCUAUAAUAUCAUAUCUCACCUCCCCCUCCCACCUCCUCCAUCUAUCAUCUAGAGAAAAUGCCCAGCUAGCUUAGAAACCUCCCUGAUACCACGUUUCUCUCAGAACUAUGUCACAGUAUUGAGGGAAAAUGCAUUAUGAUUUCUGACUCACAUUGACUGAAGCAUUUGAAUAGGGAAUAAACAGGCAAGUGUACAUACUUCAGUUAUGUUGAGUGGUAUGUAAGCAGGGUUGGAUAGUAACAAAUAAUGUAAUGUGAUUUUGGAAUUUGUGUUUUAAAGUGAAAAAAAAUCAGUAACAAACAUAUAGAGCUUACUCACUUGGUCCAACUUUAUAUUUAGUGUCUCUAAUAACUGUAACAGCACAUGCAGCAGCUAUGUUGCUACUGUUGAUAUAUUUAUUGUUACAGAUGGAAGAUAGUAAUACAGCUUAUGUGCUUACUGUAACAUUAUUUUUUGUAACUUACAUUUUUAGUUUUAUUUCAUUUGAUUGGCCAGCUUAAGUCUGCAACUUAAUCCAAUGUAUGUUGGCACAGUAGCAUCACUUUUCCUAGCUAGCUGUAGUAAUAGCUUGUGUAGUGGCAGUGCACCUAAUCUAAAGUUCUGGCUUUAAACCAUUCUGUAAUGUGACUGUUACAAAUGUGUAAUUACACAAGAGAAAGUAUGCUGUUAAAACUUUCAGAUACACUAGUGCAAUUACAUGAGUGAACACUGAAAUUGAUAUGCAUGUGAAUUUACAUAAAUCUGUACAGUUAAUUAGUUACAUUUUAAUUGCAUGUAUUAUUAACAUGUAAUUACACAGUUAUUAGAGACCCUUAAAAUAAAGAGGGACCACUCAUUUUCUGGCAAUUCUUUCAUAUCAGCUUUGAGUGUAUAUAUAUAUACACAAUUCAAUUUUAUUGUCAGUGUAUAAGAACGUUAUUUAUUGCCAUAACAAAGCAUUCGAUUUUAAUGAACAUACAUGUAAUGAGAUUAUUUUCUGUUGGUGCAUUUCUAUUGGUCUAUUCACCAUGAAGCAUUCACACAGUGCAAAGGGCAGCUGGCAUUUCGAAAUGGUGUCAGGAAAAAACAACAAAAAAAAAGUCUUGACAAACCAGGGGUGAAAUGUUGAGGUUAUCAGGUCUGUAAUUUCCAUAUGAAAAGAAUGUACUCUAUAAACAUAUUCAUGGCAAUUGUUUCCAUGAUUCACUGAAAAAAGUGAUGAAUUUGAACUUGAUUCAGAUGUGAACAUCAUUUCCAUGAGUCAUAUUUUAAACAUGACACCAUUGCUUACUUUUGGGAGUAUUUGUGUCGAUGUUAUACUUUAUUUAUACAGAAAUGAUGUAAACGUUCACGUCAAGCCAAUUUCAAUGCAACACUUUUUUCAGUUCAGCAUUUUAUGCGAAUGCAUCUGAAUCUUAAGAGUAAUACAACAGGUCAUAAUAAACUAUUCCUUCUCACAAUCAAAUAAACUGAAAAAUGAAUGGUCUUAAUAUAUCAAUGGAAAUAUGGCCUGAAGGUAUUUAUGUCUUUGCUUCGGAGCCUCAUGAGUCAUAGUGAUGAGUCAGCGUUGAUUUUGCUCUGGAGAUUGAGCAGAUUGGUCCUAUUGGUGCUUUUCCUUGAAGCAGUACUUAGGUGACCAUUAAUGUUUUUUCUAUUGAGUCGUGCUGCAAAAAUUUGUUCAACUGCCACCUCAUACUGUUGCCAGGCAACAUGUUUUCAAAGGUAUGCGGCAUUCGGCAUGCCCAGCUGCAUGCCUGACUGUAAUCGAGGCAGCUUUUUGAUGGUAGAGGCGCCCACAUAAAUUUAGAGAAGUGGUGAGAAAUGUAUAACAGCUUCGCAAAGAAAAGUGGAGGAGCACAUGGAAGGACAGCGAAGACUUUUAUUAGAAGGUUGUUCUGAACAUAUAAUAUAUAGAAAGAGAAGGUUCAUUCAGGGUCAAAAGUGGACAAAACUGUGAAAAUAACUAAGUUAUAACGGGCAGGACUGAAACCACAAAUAAUUCAAAGCAUUGCUGUACAGCCACAAGUAUCUCCAAAAAAACAAAACAAAAAUAAAACGUGUGGAAGAUU